AUGACUACCCAAACGGUCGACAAGUUAAUUGAUAGUGCUCGCGAAUUACUUGAAGCUAACGAGUAUCUCGAAGCGCGUGCAUUGUAUACCCAAGCACUUGCACUGGAUCCGUUCGACGCUAAAUUAUGGAAUUACCGAUCAAAUGCUCAUAUGAAGCUCGGAUACCCAGAGUUAGCUUUUACUGAUGCCGCUCGCGGACUUCAGCUUUUGGAUGAUUCACUUGCCAGAACCACCUUAUCUCAGAAUGAUCACGUCCUGGAGCUUGGUACCAUGUGUGUGAUGAAAUAUCCAUGGGAUGAUUUUGAACCCUUCAGUUCAGAGGUCGACGCAGAAACUCAAUUGAAGGAAAUAAAUAUUAUGUUUGAACGAUUUGCUCCGAAAUUGUUGAUUGUCCGCAUGUAAGUUUUUCUCCUAUCGCCUUCUAGAAAUUCGUCUUCUUCUUUUGUAGCUGCUUGAUCAGAUUGUUUUCAGUAGUUAGAGCAAGUGGUCCUAAUUGUGCCCCAAAAAAUUCACUUCGGAUAGACGAGAACGAGCUAAUAGAAAACAGAACUAUUUUUUUGUCUGUGAGAGACUGUGAUAUUGGAGUCUCGUUACAAUUUUUUAAUGGAAAUUCUUUUU